AUGAAGCGACACGUGAUAUCUUCCUUCCCUGGUGCGGGACUGUUGUGCUUGUGUACGUCGCUUGCGUUGUGUGUUCGGUUUUGUUUUUGUCUGUCGAAGUGAUUUUGCGCAAUAAAGAUGAAAACGCAUUGUUUGUUGUGGAUGGUUGCAGCUUCAAAAAAUCAGAAACACAUGCCUUGCAACAACAUUCGUGAUCAAUCAGGUAUUCGUGACCACGCUCACGCAAGGGAGAGGAUUCACUGGAUGGUGCGUGUUCUACGGUUCUGCUCUCCAAUUGGCUAAUAUACGACAGGUGACCGGACAGGUAUGUGCCAACGCCUUUCGAAUCGGGUAUCUGAACUCGAAGCGUUCGUCUGUGCGGCGUACCAUAACAAAGGAAAUAUACGGUACGGAGUUCGAAUCUAGCAGCAAUGCACUUUUUCACAAGAAGGAGCAGGUGAUUUCCUUUCCAAGCGCCGUCGUCGUUCUAACUCUCAUCUCAAGCGUUCGACAUUAUUUUAAAAACAUGCCUGUGCUGCAACGUUGCUGGACGCCGUUUUUGCUGUAUCACUGGACAAACCUGCGAUGUGGAUGCUUUUACUCGGCUAUGUACACGGCUGUUUAUCACAUCCUCUUCAUCUUUUACGCAAUCUACGCUAUUAGCGGGGGCCGGACCGAUUACUUUUUCAGCCCAUAUUUCGAGCUCACAAUCAAAGAGACAAGAGUAGCUGCAGCAGUGACAAUAUUUUUCGCACUUGUAUUUCUCUUGUUUGCAUACCUACUUGUGCUCGGAGUGAAAAAGGACAAUCGCUGCUUGUUUUUCCCAUGGAUGAUAUUCGUCGUCAUAGAAAUCCUGCUCAUGAUUGCCGUUGGCCUGUGGUACAUUGGACGGUACUACAGAAAUCUUGAAUCUGUGCUGGCGGCAAUCAUCUUGUGGUGCAUCGAUGGUAUUCAUGUCUACUGCUUCAUGUGUGUGACCUCACACUAUCAAGUUGUUCGAGAUCUCCAAGAACCGAAGUUUGUCAUUUUGUAUCCUUGAGAAAUAGUGCGCAGCCUUGCCAUGGUUCCGUCCAAACGUAUACUGCCCCUCUAGCCAAGUAUGCCUUGCAAAGGCACUCCCUUCCAAGGUCUGCAAAGCCUCUGGAGCCAUGAACACGAAUCUCAUCUACGCAUAUGUUUUGAGGUAUUAUAGGCAGUAUAAACUACUGCAGGCCAUUCCCAUCUUCAACAUUCAACACCAGUGGUAUAACACCAUAUGAAUGUACGGCUGGCAGUGUGAAGUUAGCUGGAAAGACACGAGAAGCAGAGCACUGGCUCCACUGUGGGCAGGCUGCUGGCCCUGCUGUCCGCAGUUACACCGUCCUUAAAAGCCACUCAACAUUCUGUCCAAGACCCCAUUUCUACUCCAUUUUAGUUCAGGCCCUAAUAUAGCCACAUUACCAACUUUUCAUCAGCAUAUAUUACUAUUUUUACAUUUACAUGAACCCUGGUGAACAUAUAAGGAUGUAAAUACCUGUUUGUCAUGUACAUGCACAUCUACUACCAUGGAGAAUAGAAGCUCACCAACUCGAAGUGCCUACUUUUGAGUAUUGUGUUCAGACUUUUUUUAUACAAGCUGGUGAAGGGACACCUUAUUUUCCCAAAGCAGCUGUUUUGUUGUGGGUUUGGAACAUGUAUACAAGAGAAUCUCUGUAGAUAUCAGAAUAAAGAUUGUGUCAAACUGUU